AUGAGAAAUCUGAGAGAUGAUGAACAUCCAAUAAACCAUACGGAAGAGGUGCAAUAUAAUUUUGGUAAUGGUUUGAAUCAAUACGAGCAACUUAGGAAUCCAACUAUGAAUCGAUGUUAUCCACCGUAUCAAAAUAUUCAAAACCCUGAUUGUAGAGAUUAUAUUCCACUCGCGAAGAUCAAUUCCACCUAUAUGAUGAAUCAUAUGAAUAAAAAUAACGGUAAUAAUGGGGAACAAAUUUAUGUUCAGGGGAAAUAUUGUGAUAAUGUUGACAGGAAUCGUAACUCCCAAAGUUAUUCACAAAAUUAUCGAACACAGACUAUGAAUAGCUUAUCAUUUUCUUCUACUACAGAUUCCUUUGAGGACUCUUACACCACAGAAAAUGGAGCUUCAAAUGGACUGACCUUUUCCACAUUAACAUCGCCUAUUGGGAAUGAUACUACAACAGAAGAAUGCAGAGUAUACAGCUCAGAAGAUAAAAAUAAUAAGUGGUAUAAUUCAGAGACUGCAUCUUACUUUAGUUCAAUUUCUUCAGAAAGGAGUGAUUCGGAAUAUGGAUCUACAGUAAAUGAGUCAAUAACUUCAAAAUUACGAGCUUUGAUAUUCCGCAAUGGGAAUAAUGAUAUAAUUGGGAGUAAUAUUUUUACAAUUAAUCUCCAAAAUGAAUCGUUAGAUGAUGUAAGUGGAUUAAAAAAUAUUGUACCUAACGUUAUUAAUUGUAAUAUAAGUUCAAACAAUAUAACAUCUCUUAUCGAUUUACCGAAAAAUACAACCAUUUGUGAUUGUUCCCAUAAUAAUAUUAGUUCUAAGGGAUGUAAGUUGGCAGAAUUAACCCAUUUAGAACAUUUAAAUAUUUCAGAUAAUAAUAUCGGACCUGAUUUAACUUUAUUAAAAGAAUGUCUUCAUUUGCGAUCUGUCAAUUUAUCACAUAAUAAUAUUACGUCUUUAGAUGGAAUAUGUAGCUCGUGGUUACCAUUAAUUGAAUUAGAUCUUUCACAUAACGAUAUAAGUGGUAUUAUAGAUUUUAAGGAUUUUGUUCUUGAUGAUUCAAUACAAAACCUAAAUGAAAGUUUAAAUAGUAACGCACAUUCGUUACAUUACAAAGGUUGGUUUACAAUUGAAAUUUUAAAUCUAUCCUAUAACAAGAUUACAGAAAUUAGAAACAUUUCACUUCUUCCAAGUCUUAAAGAGAUUAACCUGAAUGGUAAUCCAAUAAAAUCACUAAUUGAAACUUCUAAACAUAAAUCUUCCAUAAAGCGUCUUCUCCUUAGGGAUACUUCUUAUAAACUGAAAGCAGUAAUAGGGGUAAAUGGACAUGAACUUCUAUUCCCAUUUCUAAAGUCUCUAGAAAUUGAUGGCUUUCGUGAUAUGAAUAAAUGGCCUAGUAUACCUGAAACAGUUUCCUCUUUAGAAAUACUGGAUUGUUUUCAGGAACACCUACCGAAAUGGAGCAUUUUCCCUACCACCUUAAAAAUCCUCAAACUCGAACGUAUAAAUAACUUAAAACAUUUACCAACUAAUUUUAGUACACUUCUUCCGAAUUUAGAAGAAUUAUAUUUACCUAACAAUAAUCUUGUUAGUUGUCAUAAUAUCCUUAGCACUGUACCGACAAACAAAUUAUUUUUGAUAGACCUGAGAGGGAACCCUAUAGCCAUAAAAUAUGAAAUAGAGAAUCAGGAUCCAAAUAAUGAAAAUAUAUCUGAAAUACGUCGUAUGCAUGAUAUUGAAAAAUGUCAUAAAAUUAAACCAAAUUUAUUUAAUUUACUAUGUUUGGGAUUCCCAAGAUUAAGGACAAUACUUUUGAGAAAUAAAAGUCCGAAGUAA